UAAAAUAUGAGCUGUCAGAUCUUUAUCUUAUGGAUGAAAUGUCUAGUAGGCCCGAUUUUCCUAAAUGUAGAAAAAUCCCGGUCCACAUUGAACCUGUGUUUUUAACUCUACACUUGCAUAAGUUUUUAUUUCAUUUCUUUAUCAGAUGUUACCAUAAACAAUUAAUCAUUAAUAUAUUUUUGCAUUUAGUGCAUUUGUUCUUAUGCAACAAUGAAUACAUAAAUAAUGCUCCUUAGCAAAUUUUUAAAAUGCUUAAAUAACUGACAAUGUUACUAGAUGAAAGUAUUUUAUGCACUCAGGGUUAUCUGAAUCAGAUCUUCUGAAACAAUAUAAAAUGAUCCAUUGCAUAUCUUUGGAUUAUUUGGAUUCAUUAGUCAGGAAAAUCACGCGUUCAUGCAGUUGGAAACGUGAAAUGAAUUCAAAGGAAUCAUAUUUUUAAUUGCGUGAAUCUAAGUUUAAACAGUUACGCAAAAUACGAGUCGUUUUUAUCUUUAUGCAAAUAUUCUGUCUUACGAACAACUAAUUGAGUGCGCGUUUAUCAUGAUAACCCUGAAAAAUCUGUAACCGUCUUCCUUUCCGAUCAAUUUAUCUAUGCGUGUUUUAUUUUGAACUUGAUUUAUACGUUAUCAUGAAUUAUGUUCCUUGUUAUAUACUUAUUUGUUUAUUUCACCCUAUAAAUUGCUUAGAAAUUUUCAAGUUUCAGCAUAGCAGAAAAAAUAUAUCCAUCAUCAAUAUUUCUCUAUUGCUUUGAAAAUCUAAAGUGCUGUAAUUAUCACUCUAAACUCGGAAGAAUUAUACUACUAAUAUCAUCCCUUGGUACGAAAUGCAAUGCGAUAUAUGAUAAGGGAAAGUCGUGUUCGAUGGACUACUCACACAAUAGAAGUGUCAAUAAAACAUUAAAGCGUUGGUUUUUCAUUGACAAAAGAGUUGGUUAAGCUAAAGAUUCGUAUAAAUCAGUUCUGUUCAUCGACAAAACUCAUCAUAACAUUGAACACAAACUUUUUUUUUUUGCCUCUGUUCAUACAUAGUUACAUACCCUUUUAAGUAGUUUAGUUAGGUGAAAUGGAUUUGCAGCCUUCUCAUGCUUCUCCAAUUCUUACUGAUCCUGUCAGCAAGUCAAGGCUUGGAAUCCAUUCUAGUUUGUUAGCUUAUUCCCAACAAGAUUCACCGCUAUCUCCCGGGAAGUAUACAAAAUCCAAUUCAAAGAAAAAUAUGGGAAGUCUCGAUGAUGUUAGGUCUAAUGGUUGGUUGGAUGCUAUGAAGGCAUCUUCGCCUCCAAGGAAGAAAUCGGUACUCAAAGGUUCGAGCGCUCUGGUUGCUUCAAUUGACUUUGACAUGGAAGAUUAUAAUUUAUGGAUGCUGGAAUAUCCUUCAGCACUAGGCGCUUUUGAGAAAAUCAUCGACCAUGCAAAGAAUAAGAAGAUUGCAAUGUUUCUCGAUUAUGAUGGCACACUUUCACCUAUAGUAGAGGAUCCAGAUUGCGCUUUUAUGACUGAACCUAUGCGAACAACGGUGAGAAGAGUGGCAAAGUGUUUCCCUACGGCAAUCAUUAGUGGAAGAAGUCGCGACAAGGUUUUCGAUUUAGUUAAACUAACAGAACUCUACUAUGCCGGUAGUCAUGGGAUGGACAUUAUUGGCCCUGUUAGUGACACUUUGCAUGAAAACCAUCCAGAUUGUGUCAAGUCUACUGAUGAUCAGGGAAAUGAGAUUACUCUCUUUCAACCAGCGAAAGAAUUCCUUCCUAUGAUUGAUGAGGUUUUUAGAACCCUCAUCGAUAUUACCAAAGACAUCGAAGGCGCAAAAGUUGAGAAUCACAAGUUUUGCGUUUCUGUACAUUACCGUAAUGUAGAAGAGAAUAAUUGGACAGUGAUUGCUCAACGUGUCCAUGAUAUUUUGAAAAAUUACCCUCGUUUACGUUCAACUCAUGGAAGGAAGGUUUUAGAAAUCCGUCCUGUAAUUGACUGGAACAAGGGAAAAGCUGUUGAAUUUUUACUUGAAUCUCUCGGGUUAACCGAUAUGAAUGAUGUGCUUCCUAUCUACAUUGGAGAUGAUAAAACAGAUGAAGACGCAUUCAAGGUGCUGCGGGAGAGCAAUCGAGGUUGUGGAAUAUUGGUUUCAUCAGUGAGAAAAGAUAGCAAUGCUUUAUACUCUCUCCGAGACACCUCUGAGGUUAUGAGAUUUCUCCAACGUUUGGUGAAUUGGAAGAGGAAGCAAGAAAGAAAGCAUGGGAAGAAAUGAACUUUAUAUGAUUGCUAUAUAUUGUUCACAUUGGUUGUAAUUGAUGAUUUCCUCCGGUUUCAUUUCUUCUUAUAAGUUUUUUUAGCGACUUUUUAGUAAGUUAUUAUGAAUGGGAAUUGGGAGCAAUUGGAUUCUGUAGAAUUUUGGGAUAUUGUCCUACAUAUCAUGAUAUUAUUGCCAUCUUAUGCCUUGUUCUAAUGGGUUAAAUAUAUUUAUUUUGGAUUGAAUGGAUUGGAUUAUACCAGUUGUUCUAA